ACAGUCUAUAACAGUCUAUUCUUCCUCUAUACAUGAAUCAUAAUGGCCCCUUCGCUUAGGAAUACUGUACUUAUCCUGGCUACAUGCUAUUUUGGUACAGUAUAGUGCUUCUCCUUUCUACAUUCUCAUUCUCUGAACCUUAGACUAUUAUGUAUUAUAAACCCCAAAUAUUUUUUUUCAGAUUGCAAAGGUGAAGAGGCCGUUGACCAGCAGAGUGGACAUGUUACUGCCCUUGAAGGAGGACUGGUAACACUCAGCUGUAACUACACUACCAGUAGUCCAUCUCCUGAUCUCUUCUGGUACAUCCAGUUAACUAGGGACUCUCCUCAGUAUGUCCUGAGAAGAGAUCGUUAUUCAGAAGGGAGCGAUAGUGAUGAGUUCAAAGAGAGGUUUGAUUCCAGGCUGAAUUUCACAUCUAGCUCUGUCCCCUUGAUGAUCCAGAGGUUGCAGCUAUCUGACUCUGCUGUGUACUACUGUGCUCUGAAGCCCACUGUGACAACAGGAGAUUCAGUCACUGUACAAAAACUCAGGGUAGAGUGUUGUUCAGACAAUGUCACAAGCUUCUCAAUGUUUGACGAUACACAGAAAGAGGAGGAGACAAGGAGUUCAUAGUCUCAUCAUGGUCUAGUUACAUCAGAGUGGUAUUACUCUUCUCCCACUGAUCUCACAGUAGCAAGUAUGGAACCCUGGCUGAGGAAUUUACUGGUUCUUGCUACAUUGUUUUAUGGUAAAAUAAUAUUACUUUCCUUAUUUGUUUACUGCCUUUGCUCCAAGCCCUUUAUGCUUUCAAAUAUAUCUUUCAGUUUUAUAAUACUCCUACUAAUUUUAUACAUUUUAAUUCCCGCUAUCAUAUUGCUUAUCUUCUCUCUCCCCUAAUACAAAUGUGUGUCCUUUUCCAGAAUGCAGAGGAGAAGACACAGUCACUCAGCCACCAGGAGAUGUGAUCACUACUGAGGGAGGACAGAUCACAUUGGACUGUCAAUUUGAGACUUCAGUUUCUACAAGUCUAAAUCUGUUCUGGUACAAGUAUGAAGCAAAUGACUUCCCGAGGUUUAUGCUGGGCCGUUCUUCUUUUGGAAGUAUAAAUGGCACUGAUUUUGAGGAUAGAUUUGAUGCCCACCUCGAUACAGACUCCAAAUCAGUCCCCUUGACGAUCCAGAGGGUGCAGAUGUCUGACUCUGCUGUGUACUACUGUGCUCUGAAGCCCACUUUGACAACAGGAUAUACAGCCCCCUUACAAAAACAUACUGAG